AUGACAGAAGAAGAAAACAACAACAACCUCGCCAUCCAAAUAGCCAACCUCCUAAAAAAUGGAGUUCAAACUCAAACCCAGAACCCGAAACCAAACCCAUCCGACAGCCUAAAAAUCAGCCUUAAUCUCACAAGCCAAAACUACCCUCUAUGGGCUCGGAUGAUACGAGUCGCCAUAGGGGGGAAAUUGAAAGCCUUACUAAACCAUCUCACCCAAAACCCACCAGAACCCAUUAAUGAACAGUGGGAACAAGAUGAUUUGAUCGUCUUUUCUUGGCUGAUUCAAAAUAUUGAACCAAGCCUUACUAGUAACCUCACAGAGUUCCCAACGGCGAAUACACUAUGGGAUGCACUCUCGGUUACAUAUAGCAGUGGCAAAGACAAGCUCCAAACUUUCGAUCUCCAUGUCAAGGCAAACGAGUUCAAGCAGAAUGGCUUACCACUGGAGGAAUUCUGGAUCGUGAUGCAGGGUAUCCGGGGAGAAAUCAAGCGGCGAGAUCCAAACCCGAUGAAGUGUUCCGAUGACAUCGCUACUUACAACAAAGUCAGGUCAGAAAACAAGUUAUUCCAAUUGCUUAACGCUCUUGACCGAAAGUAUGAUUCCCUCAAACGGGAAAUCCUCCGGUGGGACCCCUUACCGACGACCGAAGCCGCUUAUGCUGCUGUCCGAAAAGAAACAGCACAUCAAAGCAUCUUCGGGAACACUCAACAAGGGGUUGGAUCGGGCCUGAACUCACUUGGAAGUUCCGAUGGGUUAGGGCUCGUCUCUAGGAGCCGCUGGUCAGACCAGAAAUCUAAUCCGUCAUCAUCCCGGAUUGAUAAGAGCAAGCUGAAGUGUGACCACUGUGGCAUGGCCAAACACACGAAGGAACAAUGCUUCAAAAUCGUGGGUUACCCGGACUGGUGGGCCGAUGGGCACAAGAAGGGGAGAGCCGCUGCCGCCGUGGGCAACCAAGAGACUACCAGCAGCGGCGGCAGUAGUGGUGAGCAUCAGAAACUCGCCGGAGGUCUUGACGGAAUCGACAAGGGAAACAGUGGGGGCUGUUGUUUUGCGGCCCUUCAAGGAGAAGAGACAACAGGUAUAGGGUUUGAGAAUAUCAUCUCAAACCCUCCACUUCCUCAAUAUACUCCUCUCAAACAAAGAAAAUCCAAUUUGACAGUUUUGAGCCCUCAAUUUUUUAAUCCCACCAUACUUGAUCUAUUAAAUAAAGACCAAGUUUCAGAAAUUACAAAUAACACCCCUCACAUUUCCAACUUAGAUAAAAAGGAAUUAAAAAACUCCUUUAAUGUUGGAAAAGUGAACAUGGCAACAAAAAAUGAAAAAAAUGGAGAUGCAUGGAUAUUUGAUUGUGGUGCUACCGACACAAUGACUUAUGAAAAAUCUGACAUGUGUUCAACGUCAGAACCACAAAAGAAAAGAAUUCACACUGCAAAUGGAGAAGUCCUUCAAGUGAAAGGAGUAGGGACUACUCAAAUUUCCGAAAACAUGAAACUGUCAAAUUGCCUCUAUGUCCCAUCCUUAUCUCAUAAGUUGCUAUCGAUCAGUCAUGUUACAAAAGAACUAAACUAUAUUGUGCUAAUGCAUCCUACCUUUUGUAUCUUACAGGACAUCAGGACGGGAAAGAUCAUUGGGCGUGGUACUGAAUGA